AUGGCACCAUCACCUAUACUAGUUAGCUCCAAAAAGAAACUGACAGUUCCUAUCACCUCGGCCCUAAGUCCUAAUAAGCGACUGAGGCUCACUCUGCAUCUAAUCCGUCCUACCAACUGUUCCAUGUCUUCUUGGGAAGCGAAGAGAGUGAUGAGUUCUCAAGAUACUAUUCCAGACGAUACAUUGUACCAAGGAUAUCAAAACUGUCUACCAGUCAGGGAUGAUGCUGGUUAUCCAGCUUCAGAUCUAGCAAAACCAGCAUCUGCAAGCAAGCAGUUGGGUGAUAAGAAGAGCAAGGAGCAGCCUGGCAAAUUCACCUCGUGCGAGACCAAAGAAGCAGUCUCACACACCAACGCUAAGCGCAAGCCCGAGGAGAGUGAUACUAAAGUGGCAGAUAUCUUGGACGAAUUGGAAAAUAUAAAGGGGCAGCUAAAACAUACCUUGGGUGGUGUAGAGGACUUGAUGUCUCGUCUCCGAGAAGCGCCCGAACAACACACUCAUAGGACUUUGCAUAUGAGCGGCAAGCUCGUUAGAUGGGUAGCUAGUACUAGUACCUACGGCGCUAAACACGAUACACAUCGCGCUAGGAAAAAAGCACUUCCUACCUCAGAUUUUCUCGCGGCUGCUUACUGA